CACACCUUAGUACUUCCCCAUCCUGCCUCCUCUCGCACUCGCAGCCUGUGGGCAGGUGGGGUACCUUCGGGCCUAGGGUCUAGGUGUCCUGUUGCUGAAGGUGACAGAGGCGUGGAGCCUGCUUCCGUGGACUAAAACUUAAGAGAAGCAUGCAAACAGAGAUGCUCAUCAGGGCAGAGGACUACACACAUGGACUGGAAAUUGGAAGGGAGUGCUCAGAAAACAGAGUCACACGUGCUGCAAGAGCAAGAAGUCAUCCUAGAGGACACAGGUGAAGAUGGCAUGUCUGAGAGCUUCCAGCUUCUACAGAUUGAUGUGGAAUGUGAGCAUGAGGAGAGAGAGACCCCGUCCACAGGCAGUGCAGUGUGGUGCUCGAAAAAUGUCCAAAGGAAACAGAGACACUGGGAAAAGAUAGUUGCAGCAAAGAAGAGCAAAAGAAAGCAAGAAAAAGAAAGAAGAAAAGCCAAUCGUGUAGAAAGUUCAGGCAUCUGCCCCCAGCACAGCAAACGUUUUCUGAGAUCCUUAACCAAGGAGAAACUUUUGGAGGCCAAACACUCAGGACCAAGACUCUGUAUCGAUUUAAGUAUGACCAACCACAUGUCUAAGAAGGAACUAAGUAGGCUGGCUGGGCAGAUCCGAAGGUUGUAUGGUUCGAAUAAAAAAGCUGACAGGCCAUUCUGGAUCUGCCUCACUGGAUUCACAGCAGACAGUCCCUUGUAUGAAGAGUGUUUGAGGAUGAAUGAUGGAUUUUCUAGUUACCUGCUAGACAUAACAGAAGAAGACUGCUUUAGUUUAUUCCCCCUGGAAACCCUUGUGUACCUGACUCCUGACUCAGAACAUGCUCUUGAAGAUGUUGAUCUAAACAAAGUUUAUAUCCUUGGUGGACUUGUGGACGAAAGUAUUCAGAAGAAGGUGACAUUUCAAAAGGCCCAAGAACACUCUGUCAGGACAGCCCGCUUGCCAAUCCAGGAAUACAUGGUCAGACGCCAGAAUGAGAAAAACUAUCAUUCAGAGAUAUUGGCCAUCAAUCAAGUAUUUGAUAUCCUGUCCACUUACUUUGAGACUCAAAACUGGCCUGAAGCAUUGAAGAAAGGAGUUUCUUCCAGAAAAGGCUAUGUUCUUCAGAACUCAGUGGAAUGAUGGACAGCCUACAAUAGCACCUGCAAGAGGCGAAGUUGCUGGAGGGGCCUUGACCAAAGAGCAGAGCAAACGGGGUGACGGCACACAUUUGCCUUUACUUCACAUCUUGGAUCUUCAUUAGAAUAUGUUACUAAUAACAGGGACCACAUUUUAUGCUCUUUUGUAUCUCCUAUAGUGCCUGGCUCACAGGAAGUGCCCACUAUAUCCUAAGUAAAAAGUUUACAUAACAGGGAAUUAGCCCUUAAACUACGUGGCUUUAGAUGUGUUAAUUCAUUUUUGUAUACAUACUCUUUAGAGAUAGCUUAAAUUAAAUACUAUGAUAUCAAGAGUUUAAUUUUCACUAAACUGGCAUCAUAAAGUUGUAUGACCCUGUCCAACCUC